AUGAGCCAAGGCCCCCCCACAGGGGAGAGCAGUGAGCCCGAAGCAAAGGUCCUCCACACUAAGCGGCUUUACCGGGCUGUGGUGGAGGCUGUGCAUCGACUUGACCUCAUCCUUUGCAACAAAACCGCUUAUCAAGAAGUGUUCAAACCGGAGAACAUUAGCCUGAGGAACAAGCUGCGUGAGCUCUGCGUCAAGCUUAUGUUCCUGCACCCGGUGGACUAUGGGAGGAAGGCUGAGGAGCUGCUGUGGAGAAAGGUAUAUUACGAAGUUAUCCAGCUUAUCAAGACUAACAAAAAGCAUAUCCACAGCCGGAGUACCUUGGAAUGUGCCUACAGGACACACCUGGUUGCUGGUAUUGGCUUCUACCAGCAUCUCCUUCUCUAUAUCCAGUCUCACUACCAGCUGGAACUGCAAUGCUGCAUCGACUGGACCCAUGUCACCGACCCCCUCAUAGGAUGCAAGAAGCCGGUGUCUGCCUCAGGGAAGGAGAUGGACUGGGCACAGAUGGCAUGCCACCGAUGUCUGGUGUACCUGGGGGACUUGUCACGUUAUCAGAAUGAACUAGCUGGUGUAGACACUGAGCUUCUAGCUGAGAGAUUUUACUACCAAGCCCUGUCAGUUGCUCCUCAGAUUGGAAUGCCCUUCAACCAGCUGGGCACCCUUGCAGGCAGCAAGUACUAUAAUGUGGAAGCCAUGUACUGCUACCUGCGCUGCAUCCAGUCGGAAGUGUCCUUUGAGGGGGCCUAUGGAAACCUCAAGCGGCUGUAUGACAAGGCAGCGAAAAUGUACCACCAGCUGAAGAAGUGUGAGACUCGGAAACUCUCUCCCAGCAAGAAGCGAUGUAAAGACAUUAAGAGGUUGCUGGUGAACUUUAUGUAUCUGCAAAGCCUCCUGCAGCCCAAAAGCAGCUCCGUGGACUCAGAGCUGACGUCACUUUGCCAAUCAGUCCUGGAGGACUUCAACCUCUGUCUCUUCUACCUGCCCUCCUCACCCAACCUCAGCCUGGCCAGUGAGGAUGAGGAGGAGUAUGAGAGUGGAUAUGCUUUCCUCCCGGACCUUCUCAUCUUUCAAAUGGUCAUCAUCUGCCUUAUGGGGGUGCACAGCUUGAAGAGAGCAGGAUCCAAGCAGUACAGUGCAGCCAUUGCCUUCACCCUGGCCCUCUUCUCCCACCUCGUCAAUCACGUCAACAUCCGGCUGCAAGCUGAGCUGGAAGAGGGCGAGAAUCCCGUCCCAGCAUUCCAGAGCGAUGGCACAGAUGAGCCAGAGUCCAAGGAAACCUUGGAGAAGGAGGAGGAGCCGGGUCCUGAGCCCCCUCCUGUAGUGCCUCCAGAGGGUGAGGUCAGAAAGAGUCGGAAGUUCUCCCGCCUCUCCUGCCUCCGCCGCCGCCGCCACCCACCCAAAGCAGGUGAUGACAGUGACCUGAGCGAAGGCUUUGACUCGGACUCAAGCCAUGACUCGACCCGGGCCAGUGAGGGCUCAGACAGUGGCUCCGACAAGAGUCUUGAAGGUGGGGGAACAGCCUUUGACGCUGAGACAGAUUCAGAAAUGAACAGUCAAGAGUCCCGAUCAGACCUGGAAGAUAUGGAGGAUGAGGACGGGACACGGUCCCCAGCCCUGGAGCCAUCUCGGGCCAGGUCAGAAGCUCCUGAAUCCCUCAAUGGCCCUCUGGGCCCCAGCGAGGCCAGCAUUGCUAGCAAUCUACAAGCCAUGUCCACCCAGAUGUUCCAGACCAAACGCUGCUUCCGACUGGCCCCCACCUUCAGCAACCUGCUUCUCCAGCCCACCACUGAAGCGCCCACCUCGACCAGCCUCAGGCGCUGUGUCAAUGGAGAUGUGGACAAGCCGUCAGAGCCAGCCUCUGAAGAGGGCUCGGAGUCGGAGGGAAGUGAGUCCAGUGGGCGCUCCUUUCGGAAUGAGCGGAGCAUCCAGGAGAAGCUGCAGGUCUUGAUGGCCGAAGGCCUGCUCCCUGCUGUGAAAGUCUUCCUGGACUGGCUGCGGACCAACCCCGACCUCAUCAUUGUGUGUGCGCAGAGCUCUCAAAGUCUGUGGAACCGCCUGUCUGUGUUGCUGAAUCUGUUGCCAGCUGCCAGUGAACUUCAAGAAUCUGGCCUGGCCCUGUGUCCUGAGGUCCAGGAGCUUCUUGAAGGUUGUGAACUGCCUGACCUCCCAUCUAGCCUGCUGCUCCCAGAGGACAUGGCACUUCGCAACCUGCCUCCCCUCCGGGCGGCCCACAGACGCUUUAACUUUGACACAGAUCGGCUCUUGCUCAGCACCUUAGAGGAGACAGUCGUGCGUAUCUGCUGCAUACGCAGCUUUGGCCACUUUGUUGCCCGUCUGCAAGGCAGCAUCCUGCAGUUCAACGCAGAGGUCGGCAUCUUUGUCAGCAUCGCCCAGUCCGAGCAGGAGAGCCUGCUGCAGCAGGCCCAGGCCCAGUUCCGCAUGGCACAGGAGGAAGCGCGGCGGAACAGGCUGAUGAGAGACAUGGCCCAGCUACGACUUCAGCUCGAGGUCUCUCAGCUGGAAGGGAGCCUGCAGCAGCCCAAGGCACAGUCAGCAAUGUCUCCCUACCUCGUCCCCGACACCCAGGCCCUCUGCCACCACCUCCCUGUCAUCCGUCAGCUGGCCACCAGUGGCCGCUUCAUCGUCAUCAUCCCAAGGACAGUGAUCGAUGGCCUGGAUUUGCUGAAGAAGGAGCACCCAGGGGCCCGGGAUGGGAUCCGAUAUCUGGAGGCAGAGUUUAAAAAAGGGAACAGGUACAUUCGCUGCCAGAGAGAGGCGGGGAAGAGCUUCGAGCGGCAUAAGCUGAAGAGGCAGGAUGCUGAUGCCUGGACGCUCUAUAAGAUCCUGGACAGCUGCAAACAGCUGACUCUAGCCCAGGGGGCAGGUGAGGAGGACCCGAGUGGCAUGGUGACCAUCAUCACAGGCCUUCCACUGGACAACCCUAGCACGCUCUCAGGCGCUAUGCAGGCAGCCUUGCAGGCCGCUGUACAUGCCAGUGUGGACAUCAAGAAUGUUCUGGACUUCUACAAGCAGUGGAAGGAGAUUGGCUGA